GUGUGUGCGUGCCCCGGGGCGUCCGUGUGCGGGUGGGAGUGUCGCUGUGGCCCGGAAUACCUCCCCGAUUGUGCGUGCGUGGCAGCCCCACGCGUGGGUCCGCGCCGGCUGCGGGAUGAGAGCCCCGAGGGCGGCCCUACCGCCGCCGCCGCCGCUGCUGCUGCUGCUGCUGCUCGGCCCCGCGGCGCGGGCGGCUCCCAGGGACGGGGUGCUGCGACCUGAGCUCCCCGCGGCCGUGGGGACGGAUCCCGGCCUCGACCCGCUGAGCCCGGAGCCCCCCGCUCUGCAGUUGCUGCGUAGCGCCGUGCGGAGUUUGGGACCGCCGCAGCGGGACGCGGACGAGAUGACACGGGAGCGGGCUCUUCUCUUCCUCUUCGCGAUGCACGACCACGACCGGAGCGGGCAGCUGGACGGAUUGGAGCUGCUGCAGCUGCUGGGGGCGGUGCUGAGCCAGGGGGGCGCGGGGCGGCCCAGCCCCGAGGCGGUGGCCGCGCUGGUGGACCGAGCUUUGGAGCAGCGGGACCGCAGCGGGGACGGACUGCUGGACCCACCGGAGCUGCUGCUGCCCGCCCCGGCACGGGGACCCCCGCGAGGAGGCGGCGCUGCCCCCGAGGGGACGGCGGAGGGGAACGUCGGGGAGCAGGAGGGGACGCCCGCGGUGGGGGAGGAGACGCCGGGGGGGGACGAGGGGGCGAGCAGCCCCCCAGAGGGGGAGGGUCUGCGGGGGGGUGGCGGUAUCGAGGCAGAGGGGCAGGGAAUCCCCGAGGCCAGAACCCCUCUGGAAAAGGACGAGACGGCGGAAUUGGAGACGGCCAUGGAGGACAGAUCGCCCCGGGUUGAGCCCCCCGAGGCGCCGCCAUCCCCAGCCUGGGGGGAUCCCGGGGAGAUGUAGACGAGGCAAGGAGCUGCGGGCGGUUCCUGCCCCACGGCUGGGGGGGGGGGGGGGGGGGCUGAGGGCUUCCCCA